AUUUUCUUGAUGAAUGAAACAUGAAUAGAACAUGCUGCCUAAACCCUACCAAGUCAUGAGAAAGACUGUUGAUUGAGUUACAGUAAAUAGAUUAUCUCAUUUUACUGGCAAACUCAAAGUGAUGAUGCCUCAUCACCACAAGCUUUUUUUUUGGUAAAUAUAGUACGACUUCCCCCCCUGCUCCUGUUCUGUCACUGGUGCUUGCAUGCAAACCUGAUAAAAGCACAUCCCCUUUUCUUUGUUCAGUUCAAGACUGCGGCGCUUUGUGCACUGAGGCCUCCUGGGCCCUUUCCACAUUUUACUUUCUCAAUACAUUUUUUUUAAAGAUGUUAUUCGUUUUUACAUCAAAGGACGUGGCUUUUGCCUCCCCAUGGAAAACGAAAAAUAUUUCCCGUAUUAAUUCUCUCUCUCUUGGCCGGGGGAUGUUAUGAAUUGCGCAAAUGAUACUCAAAUAACGAAUGCGCGUGCACACGUGCUACGGCUACGGCUCGCCUCCGGUGACACAUCAUUUCCGGUAAAGAGGGCGUGCACAAGCCACGAGCACAAAAAUACAACUGUUUCACUUUCACUACAAUCCUCCAUUGACUCGGUGGUGACGCUGCGUUUCAAACAAUUCAAAAAUAGUGUAGAACCCCCCCCCCCCACACACACACACAGAACGACCCCGUCAUGGCGAUGAAGUACCCGGAUGCCCGGAGAGACGAGACCACGGUGGAUGACUACCAUGGGACGAAGAUCUGCGAUCCCUACAAGUGGCUGGAGGACCCGGAUGAUGCAGAAACAAUAGCCUUUGUUGAGGAGCAGAACAAACUGACCAUGCCGUACCUGGAGAAUUGUGCCGUUCGGCCUCAGUUCCAUCAGCGUCUCACCGAGCUCUAUGACUAUCCCAAGUACAGCUGCCCCUACAAAAGAGGGAAGAGGUACUUCUACUUCCACAACCAAGGUCUCCAGAACCAACAGGUGCUCUACGUGCAGGACUCUCUGGAUGGAGCUGCCACGGUGUUCUUUGACCCCAAUAAACUCUCUGAAGAUGGCACAGUGGCUCUGCAGAUGGGCCGUCUCUCGGAGGAGUGCGAGUACUUUGCGUACGGUCUGAGCAGCAGCGGUUCCGACUGGGUGACGGUGAGUUUCAUGAAGGCCGAUGAUCUGACUCCGCUGCCCGAUGUGCUGGAGAGGGUGAAGUUCAGCUGCUUGGCCUGGACUCACGAUGCCAAGGGCAUCUUUUACAACUGCUACCCGCGCCAGGAAGGCAAAAGUGACGGCACAGAGACCACCUGCAACAUCAAUCAGAAGCUCUUCUACCACGUCAUCGGCACCAAACAGUCAGAAGACAUUCUGGUUGCAGAGUUCCCUGAACAUCCCAAGUGGCACAGCUCAGUAACCAUAUCAGAUGACGGCAGGUACGCUGUCCUGUCCAUCACUGAGGGCUGUGAACCCGUCAACCAGCUGUGGUACUGUGACCUUCAGCAGCUCCCCGAUGGCAUCACAGGUCUCCUGCCAUGGGUCAAACUCGUAGACAACUUUGAUGCCCAGUACUCGUACGUCACCAAUGAGGGAACUGUUUUCACAUUCCGCUCCAACCUGGAUGCUCCUCGGUACUCUGUGAUCAACAUCGACAUCCAGAAACCAGACCGGAACAACUGGACUACCCUCAUUCCACAGCACGAUAAGGACGUCCUGGGCUUUGUGUCCUGUGUGAACCAGCACCACCUGGUGGUCAACUACGUCCACGACGUGAAGGACAUCCUGCAGCUGUGUGAGCUGUCCACGGGCCGCGUGGUCAGGGACCUGCCGCUGGAUGUCGGCACAGUGGCCGGCGUGAGCUGCAAGAAGGCGCACUCUGAGCUAUUCUACAAAUUCACCUCCUUCACGACACCUGGUAUCAUUUACCACUGUGAUUUGAGGGAGUCCAACCCACAGCCCAGCGUGUUCAGGGAGGUGGAGUUGAAAGGCAUCAAGCAAGAAGAGUACGAGAUUAACCAGGUCUUUUAUCCAAGUAAAGAUGGAACCAAGAUCCCCAUGUUCUUAGUUCACGCCAAGGGCCUCAAGAAGGAUUCCUCUCACCCCGUCUUCCUUUAUGGCUAUGGGGGCUUUGAGGCUUCCAUACAACCAUACUACAAUGUUGCUUACCUGCUGUUUGUGAGACACCUGGGGGGCAUCCUGGCCGUGGCCAACAUCAGAGGGGGUGGAGAGUACGGGCUCACCUGGUACAAAGCUGGCACGCUGGGGAACAAGCAGAACUGCUUCGAUGACUUCCAGGGUGCAGCAGAGUACUUGGUGCAGCAGAAGUUCACCACAGCCGCCCGCAUCGCUAUCAACGGCGCCUCCAACGGCGGCCUGCUCGUGGCGGCAUGCGUGAACCAGCGUCCGGACCUGUUCGGCUGUGCUGUGGCAGAAGUGGGGGUGAUGGAUAUGCUCAAGUUCCACAAAUUCACCAUCGGCCACGCCUGGACCACCGACUACGGCUGUUCUGACGACCCAGAGCAGUUUGAGUGGCUCCUCAAGUAUUCCCCCCUGCAUAACGUGCCGCAGCCGCCUUACUCGGGCCCCCCCUACCCUGCCAUGCUGCUUCUGACGGCGGAUCACGAUGAUCGCGUGGUGCCCCUCCACACCCUCAAGUACUGCGCCGCCCUGCAGCACGGAGUGGGCCGCAGCCCCGUGCAGCGGCAGCCUCUGCUGGUCAGGGUGGACACCCGCAGUGGGCACGGUGCAGGCAAACCCACCUCCAAGGCCAUCCUGGAGGACACGCACAUCUUCUCCUUCAUCGCAGAGACACUUGGGCUCAGCUGGAUCAAUUGAAAAGAUCAUAGUGUCGAGUAUGAUUGAUUUAUUUUAAUUUUCGUAGAAUAAAUCGUAGAUACUAACUCUUCUUUUGAAACAACUUUUGUCUAAUGUGUUACAAUAAAGUAGUUUGGAUUA